AUGGACAAGAUUUUAGGUGAGUUAUUGGAGGAGCAUCGCAGCCAUAUUAAGAAUUUGAGUGAGAAUGAUGAUGUUGAUCCGGAUCAUCAAGACUUCAUGGAUGUGAUGCUUUCGUUGCUUGAUGGAACAAAAAUUGAAGAAUUUGAUUCCGAUACUACAAUCAAAGGCACAACAUUGGCACUUAUCGCGGGAGGAGUUGAAACAACUAGUGGCACUCUUACAUGGGCAAUAAGUUUAUUACUAAAAAAUCCUCAUGUGAUGAAAAAAGCAAAGGAAGAACUUAACAUUCAUGUUGAAAAAGAAAGAUGUGUAGAAGUAUCUGACAUAAAAAACUUGAUAUACCUUCAAAGUAUAGUAAAAGAAACACUAAGAUUAUAUCCACCAGUCCCACUCUCAGUGCCACGCGAAUUCUCAGAAGAUUGCAAUUUAGAUGGUUAUGUUAUCGAAAAAGGAACUCGACUUAUCUUAAAUCUUUGGAAGAUUCACACUGAUCCUAAGAUUUGGUUAGAUCCAUUAGAGUUCAAACCAGAACGAUUUCUUACCACUAAUAAGGAUAUUGAUGUUAAGGGUCAUAGUUUUGAAUUGUUACCAUUUGGAAGUGGUAGAAGAAUUUGUCCUGGAAUAUCUUUGGGCCUUCAAAUGGUGCAUAUGGCUUUAGCUAGUUUUUUGCAUUCGUUUGAAAUCUUAAAUCCAUCAUCUAAACCUAUUGAUAUGACUGAAGGUUUUGGAGUAACCUACAUCAAAGCAACUCCUCUAGAGAUUCUUAUUAAGCCAUGCUUAUCUUCUAGUUAUUAUGAAAACAUGUAA